GCGCGCUGUUUAUCUGAUUUCAUAAAUAAACCACAGUAAGUGUCUUUCAAUGGUAAAAAAACAGCAUCCUUGACACAGGGGAUUCUAAUGAAAUCAGCAGCGUCAGGAACAGACAGUUGCUUCCUGAGGUUUAGCCACUGCCUGUAACAGGCCAGUGAACACAAAGCGAAACACAGGUGGCCUUCUUAUUUCUGAGACAGUGAUAGAAUGUUCCCCGUGUUCAAACAUGUUUGUACGCCCAGCUAUAUGAAUCCAAGUGUAAAACCACUCAAUAGGUGUGAGGUGACACCCCCAUCUUUGUGGAACAUUGAACGUAACUACUUAAUCUUGAGAAAGGGGGAGAGAGCCCCGCUAGCAUGCAGCUGGAGCUGUUAUUCUACAGAAGCUCACUUCCGCUUCACCACAAGUCGGUUUUAUUUAAAUCAGGGCUGUCCGACAAAAACAUUGCUCGUCAUUCGCGUUCUGAAUUGAAUCACGGUUCACAUAUGAGACAUUUGUUUUGCGAUAAGUAAGGCAGAGUAGACUUGGGUUUUGUAAGUCAGUGUUUCUCGGUGUCGCCCUGGCUGUCCUGGACCUCACUCUGUAGGCCAGGCUGGCCUUGAACUCAGAGAGAUCCACCCGCCUCUGUCUCCCCAGUGCUGGCACCAAAGGACGUCCAUUCAACCCUUCCAUGCUGCUGGCCCAGGCUACCUCUAAUGUUGUCUGUUCCCUCAUCUUUGGCAUCCGUUUGCCCUAUGAAGAUAAAGAGUUUCAGGCUGUGAUCCAGGCAGCAAGUGGGACCUUGUUGGGGAUCAGCUCUCCAUGGGGCCAGGCCUACGAGAUGUUCUCCUGGCUACUGCAGCCCUUGCCAGGCCCCCACACACAGCUCCAGCACCACUUGGGCACCCUGGCUGCCUUCACUAUCCAGCAGGUACAGAGACACCAGGGACGCUCCCACACCUCAGGUCCUGCUCGUGACGUCGUCGAUGCCUUCCUGCAAAAGAUGGCGCAGGAGAAAGAAGACCCAGGUACAGAAUUCACCGAGAAGAACUUGCUGAUGACAGUCACAUACCUGCUGUUUGCUGGGACUAUGACCAUCGGAGCCACCAUCCGCUAUGCCCUUCUGCUCCUACUGAAGUACCCUCAAGUCCAAAAGCGUGUUCGGGAGGAGCUGAUCCAGGAGCUGGGUCCCAGCAGGACUCCAAGUCUCAGCGAUCGAGUUCGCCUCCCUUACACGGAUGCUGUUUUACACGAGGCACAGCGGCUCCUGGCCCUGGUACCCAUGGGAAUGCCCCACACCGUCACGAAGACCACUUCCUUCAGAGGAUAUACUCUGCCCAAGGGCACUGAGGUCUUUCCUCUGAUUGGCUCCGUACUGCACGACCCUGCGGUUUUCCGGAACCCGGAAGAGUUCCAUCCAAGCCGCUUCCUGGACGACGACGGUCGGAUUAGAAAACACGAAGCCUUCCUGCCCUACUCCUUAGGUAAGCGAGUCUGCCUAGGAGAAGGCCUGGCUCGGGCGGAGCUGUGGCUCUUCUUCACUUCCAUCUUGCAAGCCUUCUCCCUGGACACCCCGUGCCCGCCGGGUGACUUGAGUCUGAAGCCAGCUGUCCGUGGACUUUUCAACAUCCCCCCGGACUUCCAGCUGCAGGUCUGGCCCACUGGCGAUCAGUCCAGAUGAAGGAAGGAAUUUGGAAGGUGGGAGCCACCUGGGACGACACAGUGUGUGAAGCAGGAGUCUCGGGAGCUACCCCAUACCACACACCAUGCACCAAGGUAGCUGUGAAGACCAGGGGGCCACAUCCCCAGGACAUAACCGCACGGCAACCGACGCGUAUGCUUUUUUGGAGAGGGCUGUCUGAAACGGGAUCUUGCUAUGGGACACACGCGGAUCUCAAAACUUGUGAUCCUCCUGCCUCAGCGCCCUGGUUGCUGUAAUUAAAGGUAUGCACCGCCAUGAAGAAGAGCUGCAUAGGUUUCCAGCCUACAUCAAUGUAAUGUAGACCAUCCGGCAUCACAAGCAUAUAGCUAGAUACCCACCAUCCACCACACAAUUGCGUAUGCACACAACCUUAAUCUAGCCUACACAGACGCGCAAACAACCCAACCGCGUUCAGGACUCUUACUCUCCCUGUCUAACGCUCUCAGCACCACGUUGCUGGGUCCCUGCCAUAGAAAACAGCAUGCCCCAGCUGGGGUCGUGUCACAGCCAGAACGAUGUUCCUGUCUACUCCCAUGGAAUGACCUCACCACCAUCCAGGCAUCUCCAUCUACGGCCACUAGCCAGAAAUCCACACAGCCAAACCUUACACGACAACAUCUUGGCUCUUCCAAACGUCUUCCCACUGAGACACACCGUGACGACAAACUAUUCCCCCGCCGCCUCCACACCCUUGCCCCUCAAACAUGCUCCUUCCAGCAAAUUUCCCCAAUAUAACUGUUUCCUGGUCUGUAACUGCGCUCACAGACCUUGUACAGACAGGGACCACAGACCCAGAGGAAAAAAUUCCCAGUCGUGUUUUACAUAAUUGCAUUAUCAGGGGCCUGCUCUCAAACACAUUCUGAUCUCAGGCUGCCUACAAGUCCUCAUGGGAGUGCUGGAAAUGUACCCCUCCCCUGGAAGGACUAACUGGUCAAACAGGGAUGGAGCAGGGGAGUGCUGUUGGAUGUUUCCAGCCCUCCUUAUCAGGACAGAAGCCAUAUCUGACCUCUUUGUGUCCCCAUUUUGCAAUAAAAGUUUGUCUCUGGCCCGGGAACGGACACCCUCGGCUUGUGUGAGUAAGGGGUGGGGAUGAGGGAGUCCGCCCCUCCCCUGAGGCUGGGAGGGAGCAGAAAAACAUGGUAACCGCCCACCUCGCUGUUGACAUCAAUGCCAGAUGUGUAGCUGAGGGGGUGGGGAGAGGGAACAGACAGGGCUGGGGCUGUCUGCUGUGAGCUUUAGGAUCACCGGAAAGUCUUCAGCCAACAACAGCUCUGGCCUCUGGGAGGGCUCCAAAUCUGAAAGCAGAUUGCUGACACACAGGCACUAAGGACUCAGGCCGCACACUCUACCCUUGUUUCCACUACCAGGCGUCUCCUGGUUUUUCCCAUCACUCCAUUUUUUUUUUAAACAGCCAUCAACUCUAUCGAUGCUGUCUGGAGGUGUAGCUCAAUGGUGGGCGCCUGCUUAACAUGUAUAGGGCCCGGAGUUCCAUCUUCGUUACUGACAGAAAUAAAAAAUAAAAUGGCCACUAGCUUC